UUGGCCAACAUCAACAUGCCCACCUCACGCUCGGGCGCCAGCCCCGUGGAAUACUGGGUGGAUGGAUCGCGCAGAAAUGUCUCCAUGGAAGAGUUCUACACCAUGGGUCCCGAACUGGGAAGGGGGGCUACGUCAGUGGUGUUUCGCACUGAGGAGAAGCAGACACAGAAGCCCUAUGCUGCAAAGGUCCUGAAGAAGACUAUUGACAAGAAAAUAGUGCGGACUGAAAUUGGAGUUCUGCUGCGACUUUCCCACCCAAAUAUUAUCCGCCUGAAGGAGAUUUUUGAGACCGAGACAGACAUCGCCCUCAUCUUGGAGCUGGUGACCGGAGGGGAACUCUUUGACAGGAUUGUGGAGAGAGGGUAUUACAGCGAGAGAGAUGCUGCCCACGUCAUCAAGCAAAUUCUGGAGGCAGUGGCGUAUUUACAUGACAAUGGGGUGGUGCACCGUGACCUGAAACCAGAAAACCUUCUGUACGCUGACCUCUCUUUGGACGCCCCGCUUAAGAUUGCUGACUUCGGCCUCUCAAAGAUAAUAGAUGAGCAAGUUACCAUGAAGACGGUGUGUGGCACACCUGGAUACUGCGCUCCAGAGAUCCUCAGAGGCAAUGCCUAUGGUCCUGAAGUGGACAUGUGGUCUGUGGGAGUGAUCCUGUACAUCUUGUUGUGUGGGUUCGAACCAUUCUUCGAUCCGAGGGGAGACCAGUACAUGUACAGCCGCAUCCUCAACUGCGACUAUGAGUUUGUCUCCCCCUGGUGGGACGAGGUCUCCCUCAACGCGAAGGACUUGGUCAGUAAGCUGAUAGUGCAGGAUCCCCACAAGAGGCUGACGGUGAAGGAGGCUCUGGAGCACCCCUGGGUACUGGGCAAGGCUGCCCGUUUCUCCCACAUGGACACGACUCAGAGGAAGCUACAGGAGUUCAACGCCCGGCGCAAACUCAAGGCUAUCAUGAAGGCUGUGGUGGCCACCAGCCGUAUGCACGAGGGCUCCCGGCGGCGCACGGACAGCUGCGAUAUGCCCGGCUCUGACAAGACCACCUCCAGGCAGAGCAGCAUGCAGCAGGACCCUCCCCAGGACUCCCUGGAGGGCCAGGCCUGCCAGGGAACGGACACUUCCCAGACCCAGGAGGACGACCAGUGCCCCCCGCCCCUCCCGCCACGCUGCCCCAUACCCUCCACCACCAACCCUCCUCUACUGGCUGGGGGUCUCUUCCCCUCCCGUCCACCCACCAGGCCCCCGCUAAGGGGAGUUGAUGGGCAAAGACAGAUGUCGGUCAUCCCCAAGACCGCAGUGGUACGGCCUAGGGUGCCCCAGAAGAGCUGCUCCUCGGUGGACUCCACCACCACCAAGCGGGAGCCGUCCUCCCCGGUCUUGACCACUCCCCCGAGCCCCAAAAGCCUUGGCAACAGAUUUUCAAUGGGGGUGGAGUCUGGCAGCAAAACGGCACAGUGUCAAUGAGUGAGUGGCAGGUACCAAACAGUACGAGCUCCUCACCUACUGUUGUCCUAAAAUGGCCAACGUUAUUGUGAGAGUCAGGUGAGAUGGUAGAUGACAACAUGGAGGAGGAAGGAUGAGAGGGAGAAUGGAUGUCUAAUCUCGUCAUAUAUGUAUCUGUUUAGACCGGGGACAAACGACUACUAUACUUCCCUUGAUAUUUAUUGUUCCUCUCUGUGCGUAACGAGUUUGGAUACUCAUAACGAAUUUGCAAAUUAACUUUUACUUUUGGUCUAAACUUGGUUGCCAAGUUCCUUUAACCUCUUAAUUUUCAUUGCUUUUCAAGACAAGGCCUCUCUGAACAGGACAAGGCCUCUCUGAACAGGACAAGGCCUCUCUGAACAGGACAAGGCCUCUCUGAACAGGACAAAGCCUCUCUGAACUAUUUGACUUCUAAGGCCACAUACUUUGUAUUCUCUGCACCUUUCUACAAUUCACUGUUGGAAUCUACAGUCUUUAUAUGCAAAUCUGUGAAUGCAUACACAUAAUCCUCUCAUUCAGGUAGUAAAUAUAUUGUAUUUGUGAGCUUAUGAAUGUAGUCAAGGUGUAUUGUAAUGUUUAUUUUGCAAUAAUGGUAUUGAUCUAAUAUUUGCACUGUAUAAAUUGAUUAAUCUACAUAGAUCACAACAAAAGCAUUCACACUGCUAAUCGUUUACUAUUCAAGUCAAACUGCACUUUUAUUCCUCUGGAAAUGUACAUGACUGACCAGAAUAGCUUGUUUGUGGCUCAAACCAAUUUUCCCUUCAUUCAUUGGUUGUAAAAAAUUAUUGGGUAGUUACCCAUCUGCUGAAGGAACGCACAUCAUAUUCACCUCAUCUCUACGACCUCACUGGGGCUACCACUCUACCUCUGUGUGCAGGGGCUUCCAACCCAGUAAUGGCAAAACCUGUGAAGAAACUGUUGGACGAGGUGAGGUUAUGAGGCAAAGCACAGCAUUUCUGCAACAGAAUCAUAUAGUAAGUGGCAGGUAAAUACCUGCGAGGCGACUCCUCGUUUUCAUUGGCUAAGGGCUUUUCUCAAUGGAACUCAAAUAACUGAUCAAAUGAGUGUCAUUAAAAUAGUCAAUUUCCAUUUCAAGGGUCAAUCUUCACCUGCUAUCUUGUAUUCUCACUCUAACAUUGCCAAAUAGUAAGCCUGCAUUAUACUGCUGACAUGUCCAUACAUGUAUAAACCAUUAAUUUACACCAAUGAAAUGUAUAAAGUAUGGCUAUUUUACUUAGAAUUAUUGCUUACAAAUGCUUUAUUUGGGGGUUGGGAGGGGGUGUAGUUAACAGUGUUGGUUUUGUAAUUCAUUUCUGUGUUUCCCGUUUUUCCAUUCAUUCUAAUAAUUGUAGCCUACCUUUUGAAGGUGAAAUAUUUUAGACAACAUGAGAUUGAUUUAACGGUCAUAAGAGGGGAAUGUAUUGAAGAUGUACAGGUCUAUACAUUUUGUAUGUUUGAUCAUAUCACAAUAAUCUAAAUCAAUUGGAUUUGAUUGUCUUGUAUUCUACAGAAAUAUUUAACACAGCAUCCAUUCAAGAUGGUAGUUGCUGUGACAUAAAAUGAAUAAAACAUUUAUUUAGAAGCCCAAUAUUAGCCUGGAAGAGUUAUCCGUUUUAUAACAAACUGCCAAUAUGAGAAUCUCUAGACGCAAAAGAAACACACACCUAUAUA